AUGGACUCAUACGCCGCUCCUCCCAUGCAUUCUCCGGAACCCCAGGCCUUCAUGAAGACGGGUCAUCCGCUUCUGGAUGAGCGCCAGGAUACUGACCGCGAUACCCUAGCCUAUCGGGACAAGCUGCAAGCUGGCGACCUCACCUCAGGGCUAUCUGGCUCGGUAAGGUCGGCUGCUGCACCAACUUCAGUGUCUCUAGCGGCGGCGUCGGCGGCACUCGAUCGAAAAUCCGCACUGUCCCAAUCCGCGCCACUGACCUACCCGGUAGACUACCAUCUAACGACAGUGCCCGUGCGACUUCAAACCCAGAGCGUGCCUUCCACCGGAGCCCCUCUCAGUCAGCCGCAUUUGCCCUCCUCCUCCUCCCCGUCGCAGAAAGCCCCGCUUGGCUCUUCUGCUUAUGCUAGUCCUAUGGACAGUGAAAGUAGCCCAACGGACAUUUCAAAGCUGCAUCGAGUCUCCGCAUGCAGUAGCAGCGCCAGUGCUGUCGCCAACGCCAGUAGUCCUAACAACGGCACUUGUAAAAGCACCGGACCUCUAAACAAUAGUGCUAGUACUACAACCGUCGGUGUCCCCACCACCAUCUCAUCCACUGCAGUGAUCUAUCCAUGGAUGAAGCGCGUUCAUUCAAAGGGUAUGCGACGCUAUUAUUUUUUUAAAGUUUCUCAUCAGUAUGCCUUUGGGCUGAUCGGUAUUAUUCGAAAUUUAUGGCUUUUGAUGAAAGCAAUUAAGAGCGAUCUGCCUUAUGCUGUCUGCUUUUGA